AAGAUUUCGUCUUAGCAACGAAUGGCGGAAUAGCAACAUUUUCCUGAUGUGAACGUCACAAACUGGAUAUUUGUCUCGUGAUUUCCGUCAAAUCAGGAUAAAUUGAAAGUUAACAUAAAAUUUGAAACAUGGCGGACACCUUAGCUGUGAAGCCGAGCACUCCAAGCAGUCCAAAAAAGAGAGUGACUUUAUCAGCAGGGAAGGAUAAUCAGAAUCGCAAUGGGAGUGCUACAGGGAGAAAAACACCAGGCACACCAAACUCUGGGGAUUACUCAAAACCUGUUGUCAGAAGUGCUGUCAGAAGGUGGAAGAGACUUCACGAACAGAACAUGAUGGAAAAAUUAGUGGUUAUACGGAACGAAAAGAAACAGAAUGUUAGACUCUCAAGAGAUGAUGCUAAGAAAGUUGCCAGAAAAAUCCCCAUUGAAGUUCUUGCUAAAGAAUGGCUUAAUAACAAUGAGGCAACAUUAGAAGUUAGGGCAUACUUGGUAGAUAAAGUGUUACCAACCCUGAUUCUGGGAGUGGAGAAAUUACUUAACGAGGCAGACAAUAGAGGACUAGCAGAAGAGCAAGAUAUGGCACCAAAUUUUAAUCCCAUUAACUUCUUAGCUCAGUACCUGAUGAGGAAUAAUCCUAGAUAUUGUAACCUCUCAGAGGCAUCACCAUAUGUAAGAGGCCUGAGGGAGGUGGCUGAUGAUCUCAAGAAACAGCUGUUUAACAUUGAGGACAACAGAUUGGCAAGAAUUAAGGCUGAGGCAAAGAGGAGGAGAGAAGAGAGAGACCGACUGGAACUUCUCAAACAACAAGAAAGGGAGCGAAGGGAAGGAGCUUUCAUGGAACAGUUCUGCAGCUGGAAUAUCCAACCGGAUGGCCGAGUAGAACUGUCUAUCGUCCAGAAUGCUUUACGGUCCUUUGUUGAAAUUGCUGAAACUUUCCCAGAAGAGUUACAAAAUGCUGCCAAGUUGAGCCAUGCACUAGAGCCAACAGAUGAGACUGGGAAGUCACUGACUGUUAAGGAGUUCGCUAGAUACAUGGGGAUGUUUGUAGAAGAGCUGAGUAAAGACAUUUUUGAUGAAUUCAUGACACAUCUAUCCAAGUGUGCAACUUCUCAUAGAGCGGCUGCUAGUCGUGAGGCACGACGUAUACUUCUUACCAACCUCUUCAUCACAUGUGACCACAGUGGAAUCGGACUACUGGACAGACACAGAAUUCUGAGUCUGUUUGAAUCCUAUUGGGACACUCUGAAGGAGGAUAUAAAGAGGAACCUGAGGAAUCCGAGGAGAUGGCCAGUGGCCGAGGUGGAUGAGGUGGUCGACUAUUUUGAGGAUGAUGAAUUUGAGAAGAAGGAAGAGACAAAGCCAGAGACUCAACAGAAAACAGAAGACAAGGAGGUCGUACAACAACAGAGCACUACUGACGGAGCUGAAGCUACAGAGGGAGACAAACCCAAGGAGGAAGGUACGGCGGAGACCGAGGCUCCAACUGAGGGGGAGAAACCGACUGAGGGAGAGAAACCGACCGAGGGAGAGAAACCGACUGAGGGAGAGAAACCGACUGAGGGAGAGAAACCGACUGAGGGAGAGAAACCGACAGAGGUAGAGAAACCAACCGAGGGGGAGAAACCGACUGAGGGAGAGAAGCCAACUGAAGGAGAGAAGCCAGCUGAUGGGGAGGCACAACAGGAAGAGGUCAAGCAAGAGGAGGUCAAGGUAGAUGAAGAAAAAUCAGAGACAAAACAAGAGAAGCAAGAUGAAAAACCAGAGGAGAAAGUUGAACAAUCAGAAGAAAAACCUGCUGACAUCCAAGAAGAAAAGGUAGAGGAAAAAACAGAGCAGAAAAAGACAGAAGAAACAGUAACAGACGGACAGACAAAAACAGAGACAGACAACCAGGAAAUAGAGAAAAAGGAGGAAACACCAGCAGAAAAGACAGAGGAAGUAACAACUGAAAAGACGGAGGAAGUAACAACUGAACAGACAGAGGAAGGUACCGCAGAUAAACCAGAGGAGGGAACAACAGAAAAGGCAGAGGAAGAAGCAACAGAAAAGAAAGAGGAAGGAAAAGCUGAAGAGGCUGGUGAGAAGGAAGGAGAGGAGACUUCCCCUAAAGAAGAGGCAGUGCCCGAAACAGUGCCAGAGACAGACCCACCUAAGACCGCCACGGCUGAGAAUACAUCUGUCACAUUCGCUUUGGGCACAACGUUUAGUCGGGAAAAGACAGCAAUGACCCACAUCAGUAAGACCUCUGGUGCCUCAGCGUUUGAUGAGAACUCACUGAAUGUAUCACAGUUUGUCCAUCUGACGGAGACAUUCCUCGGAGAAGAUCCCGUGGAAAAGGCUACAUUUGAGACUCUCGCUAAGUUUAUCAAGGGUGGAUACGAGGAGACAGAAGAUGAGAAAAUGGAGAGACUGAUGAAGGCCCGUAAAGAGGCACUGUCAUCCCAGCGUAAACAUCAGAUGGACAUCCUGUUUGAGAAGUGGGACAAUGAUGGAGCUGGCUAUCUUGAUCUGGACGAGGUUGAAACAGUCAUGCAGAAAUACAAGGAAGGACAAGAGAACCAGGCUAUAGAAAGGGCCAAGGUGAGCCUGAAAAAACAAGCUAAGUACUCACAGGACAAUCGCCUGAGUCGGCGUGAGUUCCGACAGUUUGUGUUGCUGGUUGUGGAUGAACUACCAGGAGCCGACAGCUUCGAUUAUUUUGUGGAGUUCCUCGUCAACAGUGUCGAGAGGACUUACGCUGAGCGUAUCCGAGGAGAGGCCAGGAAGAAGUGGCUACAACAUGUGGUGAAUGCUGCGGAGACCGGUGGCGCCAGCAUGGAGCCAGUAUAUAAAGCCAUCUUCAACGCUCUGUAUAAGGAUGCUGAAGCUCACGGUGGCGGUAAGAGGAUUAGUGCUAACAUCUCCAUGUUGGAGCGUAAUAUCCUCGACCCCACUCGUGGAGAGGUCUGUCUACGAUAUGUGGCUGCUACAGUGGACGAUUCUGACUUCCUUCUGGGCAAAAUCUUAUUUAGUGACAUGAAAGGGAUCAGUUUUUCAUCCGUUGAGAGUGGUAAGCCGAUCCAUGUGCCCCGAGUGUACAACCACGGAAACAUCCAGUUCUGGAACCCCUACCGAGUACCAGAGGACCGUGAGGGGUCGUUCAUUGUGGUGCCUCUGAUGGACAAGAGGAAGCGUGUAUUUGGACUGCUAGGUAUCGACACACUUAACGACCGACACACAAAGACCAUCUUCAUCACUCACGAGAUUCAGUUCUUCCAGGGUGUAGCCAAAGCCUUCAGUAUAGCCUACCACCACGUCGACAUGAGUAAGAAAUUACUGCGGAUCACAGAGAGUGCUGUGUCAUGGAUCCACCGACGGAGUCCACAUGUCCACGAGAUCACCACAUACAUGGUGGAACCCGAGGGCACGGAGAAGGACUAUGUCCUCAGGAAGAUGAUGACAACUGAUGUCAAGGGCAAUGUUGUCAACAUGACCAACCCCCCACGACUGGAGAGGAAGGAUAAUUUGUUCAGGGAUUACCUAUUUAAGUGUGUGGAUAACAGUGAGAGUGUAUCGGCCGAUGCCUACGGUCAGCGCCAUCUUGGUUUUCCCCUACGUAAUGAUGGGGGGAAGGCAGUGGCAGUUGUGGACAUCAGUAUUGGAGAGCUUAAACACCUCCCCACCCACGAAAACAAGGAGGUACAAAGGAUGCUGAGGUUGUUACAACAGGCCCAUAAGGAAAUCACACGGGAAUCGGCCGGCGACGAUAAACUUAUGGUGUUAGAGGCCGAGAAGGACGAUGACAACAGGAUGGACAUCAUGUUUGACCGCCUCAUGUUGAUGGAACUCCGAGAAAACGUGUCCAAGAUUGAUGCCAAGGGUUUCGCCGAGCUUCGAAGCUAUAAUGAUCCACCUAAGAUUAUCAAUGACAUUGUGAGAGCAGUGUGUGCAAUAUUCUACUACGAGAAGGUCGUCUCUGGGGAGCUGGACAACUGGGGAGAACUCAAAGGGUUAAUCAACGGUGAUCUUCUACAAAAGAUAGAGCAUUAUGAUCCUACAUCUACUGAAAACCAGGAACUUAUUGCACCAGACAAGAUUGAAGUCUUCCUCAAAGAUGUUCCCCACGGUGAAGUGGCCAAGUUUGGCUCCAUCCCCGCCCAGAAUAUGUACAACUGGGUAUUCGUCUGUAUCUCCCUAAUCGAGCAUACACUCAAGAUGAGGAAGAAUUCUGAUGAAGGAGCCAUUAUUCCGUCAGGGCAGGAGGAGUCAAAAGGAUCUGAACCAGCACCAGAACCCCAAACAGAGACGUGAGCAUCGUGGACAAACUAGCACAGCUUGUGUAGACUGUAGAGUAGGACCUAGUGUGGUCACAGCCAUAUAAGGUGUGGAGGUCAUUAAGAACGUACUCAUACCAUCGCUAUAAAUUGGGUGUGGAAAUCACUAAUGCGACUUGAAAUGUAAUUGUCUAUGCUAUAUGGUAGGACAAAUGUUUAUCCUGUGACAGGAAAUGUAGAAGAUACUGACAAAUAUAACUGUCCUGUCAGCGACAUAAUGAUGUUUAGGAGAUCUUGUUUACCUGUCAAUAAGAUAAAGACUUGUCGGUGUCCUUUGUUAAUUGUGAUGACAAGGUACUUGUAUGUGAAGAAAUUAAUAUUUGUUACUUUAUAACUUGUCAUUAGUAUCUGUGAUGAUAAAAUUUAUUGAUGAUGACAAAAUAUAAAAGUUAAUUUUCAUUUGUUUACAAGUUUCUGUGAUGUCAAAUUGUGAUUUUAGGGUAUAGUCAGUUAAAAGUGGAUUUACACUGAUAUGAAUACUAUACUGUACUGUAACAAUACUAGAAAACACUUUGUUUACACUGUGAUAGUUGGUGUUUGAUAACUGUAUGAUUAUAGAAAUACAUUCCAGUGAAGUGAAAAGGGGAAAGUUUGGG